AUGGUACACCUUGUGGCUGUACCAGAGACAAUCACGGCAAGUGGCUGUGCUUGUGUCUUUAUUGACACCAUCUUCCGACUUCAUGGGUUGCCCCGUGAACUCGUAUCAGACAGAGAUCCACGAUUCACUGCUGAUUUCUGGCGUUCCGUGUUCAAAUCACUCGGAACGCGCUUGAAGAUGUCAACAUCUGAUCAUCCAGAGUCAGAUGGUCAGACGGAACGUGCCAAUCGUGUCCUUGAAGAGAUACUUCGAGGAUACGUACACUCCUUUAAGAGUUGGAGUGAGUUUUUGCCGAUGGUAGAGUUUGCCAUCAACAACUCGGUGCAUGCGUCCACGACACAUACACCGUUUUACGUGAAUGGCUUGCGCCAUCCGCGUGUACCCACCUUACUAGAGUGUAACUCUGGUUUAAGGGGGGGGGGGACUCGCGCGAGCAAAAACCGAUUUGGUUCACGCUCAUCACGCUCUGACGAAGAAGUCAUUGCGUUUGAUGCCGAUAUCGAUAACAUCGAUAUCGAAGAAGAUGAUGCCAGUGAGAGUGCGGAAGCCCUCACUGAAGACAAUGAUCCCAGUGAGAGUGCGGAAGCCCUCACUGAAGAAAAGGUUGUUGUCGCUGCAGUGCGCUCACAGCACACUGAAGCUAACGAGUCAUCAGAUGAGUUCAUACUGGCUCGUGAAACGGUAGUCCGUUUUGUGCAAGACUCCAUCGCCGAAGCGGUGGAUAAGCAAAAAGCAAAACGCUGA